AUGACAACAGUAGUUUCGAAAACGGGCAUAGAAGUACUGUACCCAUGCACAAUCCAUCUCCUCACCAACGGUGCCAAAGUGGAAUGCGAGUAUAGAUCGGAGCAAAUCGGAAAGGAUCUACUAGAUUAUAUCUGUGAGUACUUAAACCUAGAAGAAAAAAACUUCUGGGGACUUAGAUUCGUAGACGUUUACGAACAGAGACAUUGGUUGGAACCGAAUAAGUUGAUUAGAUCGCAAGUGAAAAAUUCAUGUCCUGUACAUUUUCACUUCAGAGUUAAGAUAUAUCCACCGGAACCUUUUAAAUUGUUUGACGAAGAAGCGAAAUAUCAAAUUUUUAUGCAGUUGAGAUUCGAUUUGAUAAGCGGGAGGUUGAAAUGCGGCUCCACCGAUUCGGCUAUGCUCAUAGGGUUGAUCCUCCAAUACACGUACGGUGAUUACGAUCCCACUGUUCAUUUCGGUAACUAUGUACAAGAAAAAAUCCUCCUCAAUCAAACUUUCAAUAUAGAAAUGAGAGCUAUAGCGGUCCACAAGAGCCAUCUGAGAGGUCUGAGUAUGGACCAAACGCAAGAUUUAUUUUUACGCAUGGCUAGCCAAUUAGAAACUUAUGGGAUAGACCCACACCAAGUUGAGGAUAGUUAUGGGAAUAAAUUGACGUUAUGGAUCAACCAUGAAGGCAUGAAAACUUAUAAUAAAGGCGAAGAAGUUGACAAGUACGAAUGGAUGUCGAUAUCUGAUAUCGAUCAAGAAGAUAAGAAAAUCGAGUUAAAUUUAGUUUCUGGGGAUUCGGUGACUUUGCAUUGUCUCACAGAUAGCGAGUGUCUUUAUAUAUUUCAAGAAAUUCAAAGCUAUUUUUCUUAUUUUACGACGUUUGGUGCUCACUCGACGUUGGGACAAAUUGAUAAUGAAAUACUAAAAGCUAAAUGA